GCUUUGCUGCAUUAAAUUCUACCUAAUUUUACCAACUUGGAGCCGGGCGAUUUUAGGUGUAAUUUUGCAGGAUUUGUGCAACUUUAUUUGCAGGUCUUGGAUUUAUUUUUUUAUUUUUUUUGCUUUACUCCUCCUGUUCUCAUCUCAAAGGUGAGAGGCACUGCUGUUGCAGGAGAUGCUGGUGUGAAUGGGCUGAUCCAGUUGCAAAAAGUGGAGCUGCAGGAGAUAGAAGGACCGCAAGGAAGGAACUACUUGGGGGCAACUGUGCUGCAUAAAACUUUAUUCUAAGUUGACUUUUUGUAUGUUUUAGUCAGUAUUAGCAGAAGUAAGCACGUGUGGUAAAAGCCCUGCAGUUUUUCUUUCCUUUUUCUGAGUGACUUCAUCCAUCACCAGCACCGUGCGCCCUGGUGCGCCUCACCGAUCCAACAGACGUCUCCUCUCCUCUCCGCGGCAUCAUGUGGAUUAUUUUGGCGUUUAUUCUGGCUGCUGCGGGUCCUGAUGGGAGCUUCGGCUGUCAGUUGCCCCACGACUGGAGACCGCAGACUGAAGCGUGCCGUGCCGAGCUGGCGGAGAUCAUCGUCUUUGCCAAGGUGCUGGCGCUGCACAAGGAGUCGUACAGCGUCUAUAACUACCUGCCGUGGCAGCACGACUCCGACCUGCUCUACUCGGCCGAGAUCGAGCUGCUGUGCGACCAGGCGUGGGGCAGCAUGCUGGAGGUCCCCGCCGGCUCCAGGUUCAAUGUGAGCGGCCUGGGUUACUUCCCCUGCUUCUCCUACAGCGUCACCAAAGACAACAACUACUACUUCUUCCUCAGGAUGGAUGAGAACUACAAUAUCGUCCCCCAUGGAGUGAACUUCCAGGACCCCAUCUUUCCAGACACAACUGACAACCACCGCAUGUUUGCAAGCCUCUUCCAGUUUUCCAACUGCACACCAGGAACCCAAGUCCAUACCUUUACCCCAGAGUGGGAGGCUCAGGAGGACAGCCGGUUGUUGUGCUCCACGGUGCAGAAAGCUCUGUUUGAGGAGGAAGAGAGGGUGAGGACUCUCUCCCAGAAAGUUCGUACCUUGGAGAAAGCCAAUGGCCACCUGAGGGAAAAGGUGAAGACCAUGAAACGUCUGCUACGUCAGGCCCAACGAGAAACAACAAAGGAGCAACAGACCCUCAACCUCAAGCAGCUCUACGAGUCAAAGACGCCCCAAAGUCACCUUGAUCAGGACACAACCCAGGACCAGAAGACCCAGCCACUUAAAAAGGUCCUCUCUAAGAAGCUAAAAAAAUAGAGUUUUCACCCUACUUUGUUCUGUGUUAAGCGAAUUUUGCUCCUUUUGAAGCGUCAGUGGCAGAUCAGACUGAAAAGAUAGUGAGCGAAAAGUUGGGUGAGGUAACAGCUACAGCAGAAAUCCUUAACAGUUCAGAUCAAUUAAAGCUGCAGUAGGCAGGAAAAGAACUACAAGCUCAGAAUGUAACUUGAUGCUGAAGCAAUUGCAAUGUUUUCUCCAUUGUGGAAAUGCUUUGCUGAUACUGACAAGCAUUUUACUGUGUUUAUUGUCAGAGUCUUACAACCUCAUUUUCAUGAAUCCUUUGUCCAUUUUUUAGGAUGGUAUUACUUGUUGGUGCCAAUGCUGGUUUUGCAAGUUUUCUUGCAGGAUUUUGUCUGAAGGACAAGCAUUUGCAUUUAUAAACAAGUCAAUAGGAAUAACACCCCCAAAUCUCCCGUCACCGGUUAGAUUUUCUAAAGUCUGUUCCCCUUAGACAACUUCAAUUACAAUUUUCUAGGUUUUUGCUCAGUCAAGCCAAAACAACACUACCCAUCCGAGCUUUGUCGUUUUUAUUUGUGCCAUUGAUACUACGCUACAAAGUGCCUUUUCUUUAAAUAAUUAUUCUCUCUGAAUAACUGUUGCUGCUGUCUGUCCCCCAACUUUUACAACUGUUUUUGUUUCUCUGUUAGGUGACAGCACAAACAUUCUCCAGAUAUUCAAAAGCUCAUUGUUUAUAGCUGAUGGAUGCACUGUUGAAACAACACAUACAUAAUGUCAGAACAUUGGAAAUUGAAUAUCUCCUGUGAUAUAACUGUUUUUUCUGUGCUGGACACAUCAUGCAUAGUGUUAAUACUAGCAGUAUGUACUUUUGAAAUACUUUCAAAAUGCUUAAAAUCAGACUUUGCCUUUUGCGACUCCACAUUUAUACAAUAUGUCAAAAAUCUAUUCUAAUUAUUUCUAAUUUCCAAAAGUAGUAGGGUGUUAACACAUUUUGUGGAUUGAAUGGUGUCAAAUAAAAAACUUUAUUUUUUUACCUCUUAAAAAAUGUAUGGCAUUAGGUUGAUUUUGGAUGCUUAAAAAAUAUUUGAUGUGCAAGGUUGUGAGCUACAGUAAGUGUGUGUGGUGUAAGUGGAAAUACAUAAUAAUCUGAUUGCGUAUGUAAGUUUAACUACAGAGGAACAGAGGAUGUACCAAAAUCACAUUAUACCAUACUUCUUCACCUGUGCAGUGAUGCAUUGAAUUCAGUGAAUUUUUCCCAGGAGUGUAUUUUGUCUACAUUCCACUUUGUUCAAAUGAUUUUUCUGAAUCAAAGUUUCAUAUUUGUAUUUGAAUGCAGGGUGCUGAGCACCUAUAAAGUCCGGCCUGUGAGCCCGACAUGGUACAGGAUUGGCAUUUUCUGUGUCAAAAAUGAUUUGCUUAUAUAAUAAAUUCUGUAUUUUAUCUUGUUAUUAUUUUGCCUUCUAUAAACUAUACACAUCUGGCUUGCUUUGCUAAUAGUAUUAUCAGUUUUGUAAUAGUUGCUGUUCCAUUUUUUAAAAUAAAUUAACUUUUACUAAA